AUGCCCCUUUUUUUCUUAUUACAUUAUUCUGACAUUGUUGCUAUCCAAUUCUUUCGCUCCUCUUUUGUCGUUACCUUGACUGUAGCUUUCAAGUGUUCAGAAUAACUUAAGAUCUUGCUCACACUACCUCCACGAGGGAAAUUUAACAGCCCUCCGCCGUGCCAGAAAGACCGGUAAAAACAGGGUCUCCCGUGCUGUCGGUGCUACAGUUGUGAUAUCAAUGACUAAAAUGUUAGUACAAAAGGUGUUCUCCUUGAGAUUGGGAAGAUUAGUGAUGAGUAUGUUAUCCUACCUUGUGAAACUUGAAGACCUUGUGGAAGCAAUAUAGUUGACCCUCUCAGAUACUUUUCAUCUAUAACAAAGUGUGAAGAUCCUGAAGCUUGCACCAUCCUCCUCCGUGUUCCCCCUAUGGAUAUCCUUUACGAAAUCAAAUGCAAUCUGCAAGACGCAGUAGCUGUAGCGCGCAAUGUGUUUUUCUACCGCCGGUUAGCUUCUGAAGGUGGCGCAGUCGAGGUGGAUAUCUCUGUGCAUCUUGCCGAGAUCUCAGAAUCUAUCGAAGGUAUGCAACAGUGGCCAUACAAGGGAGUUGUAGAAGCCCUCGAAGUCAUUCCUAGAGCACUGAUCGCGAACUUUAUGUGCUAGCCCAAUCAGAGGACUCACCUAGUUACGUACGAAGCAUCUUGCGAAGGAGCAUGCCCGGGGCAUUGACGGCGAGACCGGUAAGAUUGUUGACAUGGAGGAAUAUGGUGUCUGGGAGCCUGAGGCGGUAAAGCCGCAAAGCGUCAAGACAGCUAUUGAGGUGAGAAAAGAAACUCACCUAAGCGCUUGGAUUCACGUGUCACUAAUAAUUUCUCUAGUCUACUCGGCUUCAACUUCGUGUAGAUGAAAUCUGCAGUGCCAAGGGAGCUAAACAGAGUGGCAGGGCUGGCAGGGGUCAAGAGGAA